AUGAUCCAAGCCAAAGGAGACAAGCAGCAGCAUUACGACUCAUUUCCAUGCUCCGACCCAGCUAAGCCGCACGGAGUCUGUACCAUCGAAUCAGCGCACAACUCUUGGACACUAGCAGCACCAUCCGUUGUCAAGCCAUACCUGUUUGUUUGCAAGGAGGAAAACUGGCCCAUCUGGCCAUCCGGAAACGCGCUACCUGGGCAACGGGUGCGAGCGUGUUGCACGGAAGCUGCGUAUGAGCCUGUUGUAGAACGUUAUGGCAAGCAAACUUACAAGGCUCACUAUAACAUUGUCUGCAAGCCUGUGGAUGGUGCGGGACCACUUCCUCCCUAG